AUGAAAUAUUUAUUGAUUCUAUUGCAUUUGACAAUAUUAACUAUUCAAAAACGAAUCAUACGAAUUGGACAUUUGCUGCCAGCUAAUCCGAUCAUUGCAAAUGAAGCGGAUGUGCUCAGAAUUUGCGCGGAUGAUCUUCAUAAGCGCAAUAUUUUACCGCCUAAUUUAACAAUGGAAGUAAUUACAAUGGAAUCAUGCAACGACUUUAGCGGUGUUGAAAAUGCCGCUUAUUUACAUUAUAUGCACAAUGCUACAGUAUACUUUGGACCUGGUUGUAACGAUGAAAUUAUAAUAAUUAGUCGCUUAGCUAAACGCUGGAAUGUUCCGAUUAUAGCACACUUAUCUGGUGAUGAUACGCUUGCUGAUAAAACUAUAUUUUCAACGCUUGGCACUGUUGCUCUCACGUCAGCAAUCGAGAUGGCUCGAGCAACGUUCACGUAUCUUAAGCUAAACAAUUGGAAAAAGAUUGGUAUUGUACGACCGACAGUCCAUUUUGAUGGCCUUUCCAUACAUUCUUUGGUGCAAUUAGCAAAAAAUAGUACCGCUGUUAGUAUUAAUAUUAUAAUCGAAGUUGAUCCAUUUGCAUCUGUCGAUGAAAUCUUAAAAAGCGGAAAACUUGAAAUACUUCGAACUUCUGCAAGAAUAAUUGUGGUCGAAUUAGGCUUGGAUCUCAGUGCUUGCACCAAUUUUAUGCUAGCAGUUUUAAAAGCUAACAUGAAAAAUGCAGAAUAUGUAUACAUACUACCAUGGCUUUCUCAUAUUGUUGAUUACUUUCCAUGGGAAGUGAUAAAAAUCAAAGACAAUCAUUUGAUAAAACAAGCCUAUGAAAAUGCAAUUGUAAUAACUGCCCAAGGUUAUGAUCAUAAAUUAGUUCAACAUUUUGCGCAUAAAUUUUCAAAAGAAACUGGUCAUAUGGCUUCUUCACAUUAUGCAAUACUUGUUUACAUGUCAUUAUAUGAUGCAUUAUUCCUGUAUGGUCUUGCGUUACGUGACGCAUAUGAUAUUACCGGUGAUGACCAUAUUAACAAUAACGGAUCGUUAAUCUGGAAGAAAAUGACUAAUCGCCAAUUUUUAGGUAUGACUGGCCAGGUGUUGAUUGAUAAUGAAGCAGUUCGAAUACCAAGCUAUAUUACAUACCAAUUGUAUAAUGGUAGUUUACGAACUGUCGUGGAAUUAGAAGCAAAACUUGGCGAUCCGGAAAAAUGUAGCCUGAAAGGCGAAGAAUGUUCGCUACAUGUACCACAUGAAAUUUUAAUGAAUUACUGGUUGACAGCAAAUGGUGAGGCACCAUUUGAUAUGCCAUCUUGUGGAUAUGAUGGAAGUUUAUGCGAUUACACAAAAUAUAUUUUGGCUGGUGCAUCAGCAAUUCUUUUACUUUUUACUAUUGUUAUUGGUUAUUUUCUAUACAUGAAAGGAAAAGAAAGACGAUUGUAUGAUAUGACGUGGCGCAUAGCACGUGAAUCAGUUCGUCUGUUAGAUUUACAUACAGGUAAAUCAGUUAAUGGAUCAGUAAUUAGUAAUGAAUCAAAUACAAAUCAAAUGUUAUCAAUGGAACGUGCAAUAUGCAACGGUGUUAAAUUAUCAGUUCGCCGAUAUCAUCAAACACGAAAUAUUACAUUUCCAAAAAAUGAAUUGCAAAUUUUGAAACAACUAAAAAUGUUGGAAAAUGAAAAUUUGAAUAAAUUUUAUGGAAUUUGUUUUAACCAACAAAAUGAAUUGCUAAUCCUUUGGACAUUUGUUACACGUGGAAGUCUUGGAGAUAUUAUUUUUAACAAUGAAAUGAAACUUAACCGAAAUUUUCUAGUUUCAUUUGCUAAAGAUGUUGUUAAGGGUAUAUUUUUCCUGCAUUCAUCGCCAAUACAAUACCAUGGCUUAUUGUGCUUGCAAAAUUGUCUCGUUGAUUCACAUUGGACAGUUAAAUUAACAGAUUUUUAUACGGAAGUAAUUGUUGCUGAAAAGUUAUUGCAUAACGAAAUAAAACAAAUCUUUAAAAAAGUUGAUGACAACGAUGAUGAUAAUAUUCAAAUUAGCCGAAAAUAUAUCCAACAAGCACCUGAAAUUCUACAAAUUAUUUUAAAAACGAAAUUUUUACCACAUGGCUCUCAAGCAGCAGAUAUAUAUUCACUCGGUAUGGUACUCUAUCAAAUAUUAUUUCGAUUGGAACCAUUUCAUGAACUCUCCAUUUCCACAAAAAAAUUACUGAUCAAAUUAGCAAAUAGUAUUGAAGAAGGUUGCAUUCGACCAACAUUUCCGUCAGCUAACAAUGAUUCAUCCUAUAACCUUCAAUUAAUAAGUACCAUUGAGGCAUGUUGGCUAGAAAUUCCACAAAUGCGACCAAAUAUUAAAAAAAUUAAAGAAGUUAUUAAUGCAACCUUAAAAACAACAGGAAGUGGAUCACUUUUGGAUCAAAUGAUGGAAAUGAUGAAUGAAUAUACUGUAAAUUUGGAAGUAAUGGUGAAAAAUCGAACAGCAUUAUUAGAAGAAGCACAACAACAAGCUGAUCGAUUACUCUACAGUAUAUUACCAAAAUCAAUUGCGGAUGAUUUAAAAGUUGGCAGACAGGUGCCACCACAGUUAUACCCAUGUGCUACCGUACUUUUCUCGGAUAUUCGAGGAUUCACUCGAUUGUCAUCUAUUUCAACUCCAUUUCAAAUUGUUAAAUUUCUCAACGAUCUUUUCAGUGGCUUUGAUGAUAUCAUCUCGAAACAUGACGCAUACAAAGUUGAAACAAUCGGUGAUGCAUACAUGAUCGUUUCCGGUUUACCGAAAGAAAAUGGUUAUGCACACGUUGAGAACAUUGGUAAUAUUGCACUUCAAAUGCGCUCGUUUGUAACAAAAUUUAAAAUCAUUCAUCGACCCGAAGAACGAUUAAUGGUACGAAUUGGCUUUCACAGCGGUGCUGUAGCAGCAGGUGUCGUCGGUUUAAUUACACCACGUUAUUGUCUCUUUGGUGACACAGUUAAUAUGGCAUCCAGAAUGGAAAGUACGAGUGAACCAAAUGAGAUACAAAUCAGUGAUCAAUCAUAUAAUUUGCUUCAUUGCUAUUUUCCGCAAUUUCAAAUUAUUGAACGAGGAAAAAUUAGUGUUAAGGGUAAAGGUGAAUGCAUCACAUAUUUUUUGCAAGGUAAAGAAGAUGAAAAUACUAUGAGUGCGUAA